UGGAAAUUCGAUACUAUUCACCUCGCCCAGUAUCCUAUCCCGUGAAAGAUGACGACUUGGGGAGGCAUGAAAAUGGGCUCCAAGCCUGGACAAAAAGGAGAAAAACAAGCACCGAUACGCUUCACGGACACGCUAACGGCUGCCCUAGCGAACCGAAAGAACAAGUACAAAGACGUGUCGAAGGAUCUCAACAGUCUGAUCAACCGCGAAGAGCUCGACGACGAGAUCUUUGUGCCGAACUACAACAUACGCAAGAUCAAGGCGAUGAUUGCGCGCGUCGUCAAGCAGCAGUUUGUCGUGCGCAACGAGGACGGCGAUCUGCUCACGUGGGUGUACAAUCCGGAGAAAAACCUCGAGAUGAGCCAAUCGAUCGCGAAGGCGGUAAAAGAUCGGCUGCGCAAUCUCGCGCUGCCCCGCUACCGGAUCGUGUGCUUCUGCUCGAUCGUGGAGAAGCAGCUGCAGGGCCUGCACUACAAGAUGAAGUACAUUCUCGACCCGUACAUGGACAACUACGUGCAGCACGUGCACGAUGGGGCCAUCUUCUGGAUCAUCACGACCGCGUUUCUUGUGCACAAAGACUAAAACGAACGCGUGCAGGAGGUGGUUACAAGCAUAUCAGGCGUCUACUUACAUU